GUUUUUGAGGAGUCAGGACUAGCAGCAUAGGUAGCGCAACGCGGCCAGCUAGACGUAGAAGCAAGCAAGCAUGAGAGCGGUUGCCUGCAUCGCAUCGAGCGAGGUGCGCAGCAAGCGGGUCGAGGAGGAGGAGGAGUCUAGCUGCAACUUGAUCGAAUGUGGGCAAGUCUUUGCUGUUGCAAAAGCUUUGAUAGAUGGCAUCAAAACUAGUUUGGUAGUUGACGUUUCCUCCCAACUUAUUCGACUCAUGAACAAUAUUGAAGCUAGACAUGAAGACUAUGAUUGUAGGAAAACUGACUUGAAUAGGAGUAGUGUUUCACUAAAAUAUAAGCGCGUAAGUAUAAAGAAAAGAGAGAGUAGUGUUCUCCUAGUGAAUAAACCUCAGGGUUCCUUAGCGUCACAUCUUGAUUGGAUGCCGACUAUCUGUAUAGAUGAAAACGUGUAUACUGUAGAUGAAAAGAUUAUGGCCUGCGGUCAGGAGUGUAGUGCUAAGACUUACACCAUGAUGGGCGACGAUACUGUGGAAGGCCAUGGUAUGGUUAGCUAUCUGGAGAUUUAUCAGGAGAGAAUACGCGACCUGCUUGUUCCCUUUAAAGUGGACCCUCAAGCUGUAAGGGCGGAAUGGCAGAGUUGCCUAGAUAGUGGAGCGUCAAGGUGUGGGUCAGUAAAAAGUGAUCGAAAUUGGUUGGAAUCCUCGGACGACACUGCCAGUUAUCUCAGCUUCGGUGCCGGAACACUCAAGAGCUGGAAGGAUAAGCGUGCACCAAGCGUCUGCUUUGACAACCCAUCUACAAAGGAGUAUCUGAAACUACGAGAGCACCCUGUCUCCGGUCCUUAUGUCAAAGGAUUGUCGUGGAAGGAUGGGUAUACUUGGGAAGACAUGGAGCAAAUCAGGUUGGAGGGAGCCGCUCGCAGGACUUUAGGAGCUACCCCAACCAACAAGUGUUCGGAUCGUGGCCACACUUUGUUUACUAUGAGGAUUGUUAAGGCAUGGUUCAUGACCCCAGUUUCACAGAGAAACUGCACCAACGAAUAUAGGGAAUCACUCAUUUCAAAUUUUAACGUAACUGUAGAUUAUACGCAUCUUAAAAUAUGCCAGUUUCGAUUUUCAGACCGAAACUCAGAGUUUUUGACAAAACUUGUUGAAAUAAGCAACAAGUUUGUAGUUGUGCAAGUUUCCAGGUACAAGGAACAGCGAGGGAGGAGCCCACAUGUGAGCUUCGCUAACCUCGUAGACCUCGCAGCUACCAUCGUGAUCCAAUAAGAUGCCCAACUUUGUACCAUUCUAUACCAUACUUUUGAAGUGUCCCUGUAGCACACGACAGCUCGCCGAAAACUUGAUAGCACUUCUUUCUGGAACGAGGUGCGAUGUUUCGCGCCUCGUUCAUGAAAGAAGUGCUAUCGCUUCAUGAAUUACGCAAAUUUUGUGCAUCUUUAAUCGAAUAUUAUGCAUGCGUGACACCAGGAACUGAAAAACCGAAGCUUGCCAAGAGAAUAUCGUUGGAGAGGCUAGAGGAAUCCCGCUAUAUCAACAGAUCUGUAGCUCACCUAAACGAUAUGAGUUCAAAGAAAACGUUGUAUUUUUUCCCUCAUUGACUGAUUUGUCCACCUGACGCUCAUAG